CAACAGUGAGCAUAGACGCCGCAGAGGAUGACGGGAUACCGGAGAUAACGGAGGCUGAGUCCAGCUUCAGAGCAACAGCAGGGCGGAUUAAAGUAGUUUAAACUGUCGGAACCACCACGUGUGUGGCUCGAUUGGACAGCGAGACGGUUCACACACAGAAGAGCGUGUUUAAAGGACACUGCUUCACUGCUCAAUAUGGAGGCGACAGAAGAAGCAGGAGAGAGUCUGAUUCAUCAGUGCAGCAACUGUGACUCCUGCUCAGCCACAUGUUGGUGUUUGGACUGUAAUGAAGCCAUGUGCAAUGACUGUGUGUCGGCUCAUCGCAGAGUCACAGUGACUCGAUCACACCGGCUGAUCAACCGGCUGCCACGAGACCAGACACACGGUGACCUGAGCUGGACAGAACCCAGACACCUUCAGCUCCCUUCAGGAAACAUCUGGAGUUCUCCCACUAAGUUCUGCAGACUCCACCCGUCUGAGCCGCUCCAGAUCUUCUGCUUCACCUGCAGCCUGCUCACCUGCAGAGACUGUCAGCUGAUGGCACACAAGAACCACAGGUUCCAGUUUGCCAGCGAAGCACAGGCCACUCUGAAGAGGCAGCUGGAGGCCUGUGUUCAGCCAAUCAGAGCGCAGAGAGAAAAAGUGAGGCGGAGUCUUCAGGACAUGACGAACAGGCUCACGCUGAUCGAUAAGUCUAACUCUCACCUGAAGGCUCAGCUGCAGAAGAUCUACCUCAGUUUGGCUGAGCUGCUGAGGAGGAGGGUGGAGAAGAUGGUGAAGGAGAUCGAGAAGGUUCAUGAGCUGGAGUGUGAACGGAUCAACCAGAGGAUGGAGAAGCUGAAGCAGCUGCAGCAGACUCACAUGUCCUUGACUGAAACUGCAGAAAAAGCCCGAAACACCAGCGACCUGUCGACGCUGCUCACCUACACAACACAGAUGAAGUCCCAGCUGAAGGAUCUUCUGGUUCACGACUCGUGUCCUCCUCCAACCAUGGCUCACCUGAGGGUCAUCGCUAACAGGAGGAGUCUGGAAACGAUUUCACACUUUGGUGAGCUCAGUGUUUCAUGGGUUCCCUUUAAUGUGCCACAAACCUCCAGUGAGAAUAUAGAAGCUCCUCCUCCUGCUCCUCCUGCUCCUCCCGCUGCCUGCUCCACACCUGCUGGGAGUGCUCCCAUCCCCGGCCCCCAACCACUGACCACCGAUCACAUCAAAUCCCCUGUUCCAGAUGCCACGUUUCAGGAGUCUAAUUUGUCACUUUCUGCCCUCUCAUCAAAUCCAUCCUCAUCCUUUUAUGGUCCCACCUGCAGGCCCCGCCCCCUGACUGCUACCUGCAGUGAUACAGACUCACCUGUUGGAGUUCCUUUGUCCUUCAGGUCCUCCUCCGAUUUUCCUCCGCCUUCCUCCUUUGAGUCUUGUCAGCUCCACUUCAGGUGGAAGCCAAACAUGAAGAUAGUGAGGAAGAAGAAGGUCUCUUUUUCUUCUUUGCCCACCUGCUCCUCCACCUCCUCUUCUUCUGGCUCCACCUCCUCCUCCAUCACCCCCACCUGUUCUAUGUCCAGCUCCAUCCUCCAGAUGGUGACCAUCAGCAGCGCUGUAUCGCCUCAGGUCAAAAAUCUUCCUCCUUCGUCAUCAGAUCUCAUAAAAUUCUCAUCCUCCGUCUCUUCUCCCACCCUUCCAUCUCCCACCUCUCUACCUCCCACCCUUCCAUCUCCCACCCUUCCAUCUCCCACCUCUCUACCUCCCACCCUUCCACCUCCCACCCUUCCAUCUCCCACCUCUCUACCUCCCACCCUUCCACCUCCCACCCUUCCAUCUCCCACCUCUCUACCUCCCACCCUUCCAUCUCCCACCCUUCCAUCUCCCACCUCUCUACCUCCCACCCUUCCACCUCCCACCCUUCCACCUCCCACCAUUCCAUCUCCCACCCUUACGCCUCCCACCCUUCCGCCUCCCACCCUUCCAUCCUCCACCCUUCCGCCUCCCACCCUUCCGCCUCCCACCAUUCCAUCUCCCACCAUUCCAUCUCCCACCCUUACGCCUCCCACCCUUCCACCUCCCACCAUUCCAUCUCCCACCAUUCCAUCUCCCACCCUUCCGCCUCCCACCCUUCCGCCUCCCACCCUUCCGCCUCCCACCUCUCCAUCCUCCACCCUUCCGCCUCCCACCCUUAUUCCUCCCACCCUUCCUCCUCCCACCUAUCUAGCUAUCACCCGUCCACCUUCUUCCAAUUGUCCACCUCAAACUUAUCUAGUUAUCAGCCAUCCACCUCCCACCUGCCCGGCUCCUACCUACUGGCUCAACACCACCAGAGCCUCUAUGGUUCAGUGUGAACCGAGCGUAAACUCUGUCAUCACGCUGCCUCCAACCAUCUCUAGCACUGUCUUAAAAUCUGCUCAACCGGUUGUGGUCGUGAAGCAGCAAGCCCCUCCUGUCCUGCUCAACCUCCCCACUGUUGUGCCUCAGUUUCCCAUGAUGCUCAGCAGCAGUGGGCUCUGCACUGCACUUACAGUUCAGAAGAAAACCGGCCUGAUGGUAAAUACGAUCCAAAUAAAGGGUUGCACAAUCAGAAGACUCUUCCAGAACCUGCAAUGGGACCCCAGAGCGACCGACACCACAUCUCACCGCAGCAGAGUCCGGUGGUGACGGUUCAAGUCAGGGAGGAACCUGCAGUGAAACUAGCUGCAUCUGAAACAUCCGACAGAGACGCUGAACUGCCCUCGCAUGAAACAUGCGAUGAAGAAAGUGAAGAAAGCAGCAAUGUGAUUGAACAGCUGGUCAGGA